CAGGUCAGAGGGGGCGUGGAAGAAAACGUUUAAAACGAAAGAAAAAUCAGAGGAGUCUCAGUUCAAAUCAAACCACCGGUGUGAAAAGAGUAAAAACCUCUCCAACAAAGAAGCGCAAGUCGAAUCAAUCACAGGGUCGAGUUAAACGAUCUAAAGUCACUCACCUUCAAAAAGAUAUAUUUGAUUAAUCAUGGCYUUUGUUCACCCCCACUCAUCGCCUUGUACAAAAAGUGAAGYAGACCUGUUUUCCGCCCCACCAACACAAGUCGCUUUGGAAARGAGCAGUUGGAUAGACUUUCAACCURUAUCAAGCAUAGCCUCUUCGGCRCCGAYUGAAUUCCAGAUCGUAGGAACUGAUCAGUACUUAGACUUAGCCAAGACCAUGUUAUUCAUCCGUUUGAAAAUCACCAAAGCCAAUGGGGGUAACCUUAMUGAUAAAGAAAAAGUUGCUCCUGUCAACCUGUUUUUACAGAGUUUAUUCAAGCAAGUUGAUGUAUUCCUCAAUGGGGYAUUGAUUACKUCAUCAACRAGUACUUACAGUUACAAAAGUYUCAUUGAAACACUGUUGRACUAUGGACCAGCAGCCAAGCAGUCUGCACUCACAGGAUCCCUGUAUUACAAAGAUACUGCAGGUUCCAUGGAUUCCACAGACCCCACAGAUGGUGGAACCAAUCAAGGACUUCAAUCCCGUUACACGUUUACAGAGCAGAGUUACAUUUGUGAUAUGUGGGGGUCUUUACACUGCGACAUUUUAUUCAGCGAACGCCUUUUACUGAAUAAAGUAAAUGUAACCAUUAAAUUGAUUCCCAACCCACCCGCUUUUGCUUUGAUUUCUGGGGAGACCAGUCCUAAUUACAAAAUCAACAUUCAAAGUGCAGUUCUCAAAGUGAGAUCGGUGAAAGUCAGUCCAUCCUUACAACUAUCACAUUUGAAUCAAUUAAAAAAGGGAGMAACUGCUAAGUAUCCUUUUCGUCGUGUGGAAUGUAAGACCUACACCAUSCCUAGUGGUAACCCCUCUAUUCAUAAAGGAGAUUUGUUUAAUGGUGGCGUCCCAAAAGAAGCUGUAAUUUGUAUGGUGGAUUCRGAUGCAUUCAAUG